AUGAAGUUCUUUCUUAUUAUAUUAUCUCUCGUUUUCGCGAAGAACUUAAAGUCCACCAUUUCUCUUUCAAAAGAGCAGCCAGCACAAUAUAUCACAAAAUUCGGUGUAGAUCUAGGAACAGGGCAUUACGACAUACGUUUAAGAAUUUCGAAAGGAAAAAAAGAUUACACAUAUGGAAAAACUUACCCAAUUGAGCUGCUUUUAUAUAGAGACAGCGACUGAGACAUGUCAGCUUUCACAUGUGAGUCCAAGCAUAAAGCUGUCAAUAUUACCUUAAAUAUCCCUAGUGACGGAAGAUGGUCUGAAUCCUUUUCUGGAGAAUUAGGCGAGCCAGAUUUCCCUCACAUAUGAUUUUUCACUAUUGCAGACUGCAAUCUGACACUUGGAGACUCAUCAAAGCUAAGAGUCGAGCUAUCAAUCCUAAGUGGCGACAAAUCAGAACUUUCCGUAGAAAUGAAAGGUAUGAAGCGAAUUUAUAUUUUUGUAUGCAUAAUCUUUGUACUUAUGCUGGGAAAUAAUAUAUGAAAGCUGUACAAGUACUUCACAGCUGUAGAAGAAAUCGAAACAAAUUUAGUCAUGCUAAACCUCGCAGUUGUUUUUCAGUUCAUUUCUAUGAUAUUCCAUAUCUUACAUAUAUCCGCCUAUGAAGGCAAUGGACGAGGGGUUGGAGCUUUUGUAUUUUUUGGAAAUGCGACAGGACUGAUAUCACAAUAUAUUAUGAUAGUUUUAUUAUUGUUAAUAGCAGAUGGGUGGACUAUUUUAUAUAAAAAUUUCCCUUCUCCUGAAGCCUAUUUAUCAGUGAUUAUUUUGGUAGGGCUUUUAAAUUUGAUUAUAGCAGCAGUUGAAAGGACAAGUGACGACGCUUAUUAUCUAUUUAGCAGCUUUGAAGGAACCGUUGGCUGGUGCUUAUUGGCAUUUUACACGAUCCAUUUCGUAUGAUUUGUUUUAAAUAUCCGCGCUCUUUUUACUAAGGUUCCUGGAAAUAUGAGGCCAUUUUUACAAAGAUUUGCGGUGGCUUCGUCUAUUUAUAUACUGUCACUGCCACUUUUGAUAGGGAUUGCACAGUUAUUGCUGCCUUAUAAGAGACAUAAAUUUAUUAGUGGUGCGAAUUUGUUGGUAGAAGGUUUGACGAUGCUGAUAUUGUCAUAUUUGUUUACGAGGAAGACUCAGUAUUAUAAACUUUCCACAAUGGCGGAUUCAAUGCUUCCAACUUCAAAAUCACAUUCAAACUAG